GAAGGGUGCAGUAGGCGUGGCCGGGGCGGAGCAUGCGCAGUGUGAGUGGAAGUGGAGGAAAGUUGUGAGAAGUGGGUUUUUAGGGGAAUUUUUUGGAAGACUGAACGAAAACCGGGCGGAAUAAUGAGGGACCGGACCAAGGAGCUAAACACGGGGGACAGUGACUCAGAGGGUGAUGAGCAAAAAGUCUUCAUCCCGAUUACGAAUGGCGGCAGCGAUGAAUCUGAGACUGACUACCAGUUCUUCAAGAUGACUCGUGAGAUCCGGGAAGCGAUGGUCAUCCUUAGUAACAAAGUAACCGAGCUGGAAGUGAGUCAGGUGAAGAUCCUCAGCCAAUCGCUGCCCGACGAGAAUUCGAAGAAGGAUUUACAGUCUCUGCGGGAGGAGAUCAAACGCUUAGCAAAGGAAAUCCGCACCAAACUAAAGUUAAUUGAGAUUAAGGACGAGGAUGAAGAGGUGAAGGGGUCGGUCCACCUGCGGAUGAAGAGGACUCAGCAUUCGGUUCUCUCCAAGCAAUUCAUCGAAAUCCUAAACCGGUGUAACCUGCUACAGACUGAGUACAGAGAGAAGAACGUGAAGAGGAUCAAGCGGCAGCUCCAGAUCACCGGACAAAAUGUCACUGACGAAAAGUUUGAUGAGAUGCUGGAGAGUGGACAGACAGACGUGUUUACCUGCAAUAUCCUGAAGGACACACAGAUCACUAAACAAGCUCUGAACGAGAUUGAAGCUCGACACGAGGAGAUCCUGAAACUUGAGAAGAGCAUCAUAGAGCUUCACGAUAUGUUCAUGUAUCUCGCCAUGGAGGUGGAGGCACAGGGGGAGACAAUAGACAGCAUCGAGAAGAACAUUUUACAUUCCACAGAUUACGUGGAAAAAGCAAAGAAACAGCUGGACCAGGCGGUGGAUAACCGGCAAAAGGCCCGAAAGAAGAAGCUCUACAUCGCCAUCUGCUUGUCCAUUUCCAUCAUCGUCAUCGCCCUCAUCAUCACUGUGUCCCUCACGACCUGAAAAGGUGAUGAACAGAUGAUGGCCUCUUCACUGCCCCCAUAUAUCUCUGACAGCAAUACCGUCCUGAGCCCUGCAGCCAACACCGGUGAAAAGGCUCUUUACCAGUUGACUGGUCCCUCUUCUGAAUACAGGACCAGUGGAUUAGGGCUGGAGGGGGGUGAGGAGGAUAACCCUAACCCCGUCACUGUGUGCGUGUUCUCCAUGUGUGCCUUAUACUUUACUAUAUAGAUGUCAUAUAGCGUUAUCUGCGCGAGGGAUGCUGCCUCCAUCACUGUUUGUACAUAGACACGAUCGCCCGGCUCCGACUUGCUGCAUUUUAUCUCAUUGUCUGGAGCUCGGGUCCCUGAACUGCCCCCCAUCCCUGCUGGUGCCUGGGCCUCUAUGACGGUCUCUGAAAUCAUGUGUUUUGUUUUAGUUUUUUUUUUGUUUUCCUGUGUAAUUGUGAUAUGAAUGGGAAAUUUACAAUGGAUGUUGUCGGGAGGUCUCCUUACAAUGGAGGGAGUCAGGUGUCGUCCUCCUACAUCAGCUAUACGUGUUCGCUCACACACUGCUUUAUGUUUUUCCUAAGAUUUAAUAUAAUUUGUAUGAUUAUGACUUGGUGGCACUUUUUAAUGUUAUUUUACUUGUUAACCCAGUGUUUUCAAACCAGUUUGCUUCCGGUUGUUGCAAAACGGCAACUCCCAGCAUGCCCGGACAGCCGAAGGCUGAGAGUUGUCAUUUGCAAUGGCUGGUGGCAUACUGGUUGGAAAACACUGGGUUAAAGGGGUAUCAGCUGGCUCCAGAAAGUUAAACAGAUUUGUAAAUUACUUCUAUAACAAAAAUCUUAAAGGGGUACUCCACUGGAAAACCUUUUAUUUUUUUUUAAAUCAACUGCCCAAAUUUCCUGACCUGGACAGAGGUGUCAGCAGAGAGCACUGUGGUCAGACUGAAAAAGAGCAGCAACUUCAGCAGCUGAUAAGUACUGUUAGGAUUAAAAGGGGUACUCCACUGGAAAACAUUUUUUAAUUUUUUUUGUUUUUUUAAUCAACUGGUGCCAGAAAGUUAAACAGAUUUGUUAAAUGACUUCUAUUAAAAAAAAUCUUAAUCCUUCCAGUACUUGUCAGCUGCUCUAUGAUCUACAGGAAGUUCUUUUCUUUUUGAAUUUCCUUUCUGUCUGACCACAGUGCUCUCUGCGGACACCUCUGUCCAUUUUAGGAACUGUCCAGAGUUGGAGCAAAUCCCCAUAGAAAACCUAUUCUGUCCUGGACUGUUCCUAAAAUGGACAGAGGUGUCAGCAGAGAGCACUGUGGUCAGACAGAAAGGAAAUUCAAAAAGAAAAGAACUUCCUGUGGAUCAUACUGCAGCUAAGUACUGGAAGGAUUAGGGUUUUUUUUUAAUAGAAGUCAUUUGCAAAUCUAUUUAACUUUCUGGUGCUAAUUGAUUUAAAAAAAAAAAAAAAAAUGUUUUCCAGUGGAGUACCCCUUAAUCCUACCAGUACUUAGCAGCUGCUGAAGUUGCUGUUCUUUUUCAGUCUGACCACAGUGCUAUCUGCUGACACCUCUGUCCAUGUCAGGAAAUGUCCAGCAGAGUCGGAGAGGUUUGCUAUGGGGAUUUGGGCAGUUCCUGAGACAGACAGAGGUGCCAGCAGAGAGCACUGUGGUCAGACUAAAAAAGAACAGCAACUUAAGCAGCUGGUAAGUACUGGUAGGAUUAAGAUUUUUUAAUAGAAGUAAUUUACAAAUCCGUUUAACUUUCUUGAGCCAGUAACUAUUAGAGUUCGACACAUCCCUUACAGCACUGAUGCCAGAAUGCACUGCAUUGUGGGUAAUGUAGUGUUCUAUACCUUCCACUACUGUACGUUGCGCUUGGUAUUAACACUAUACUUCCCACCGCCAGCUCUUACAUAGACUUGGAACCAACAGAAUUCUGAAUGCAGCUCCGGCGGUGCCCAGACCAUCUGCAGUCUGCUGUGCACUCCUACCGACCGUAGACCGCGGCAAACCACAUCACCAGCGAGGAGAUUGCACUUUGUCAUGACCCCACAGAUAGCGAGAGGUGAGACGAGGGCUCCGGGCCCAUGGCUGCCUUCACGGUUAAUGCUGGACUUGUCACGUGUCUGUGCAGCGUGGCCCUCGUACUGACCGCGCUCCGCUCAGUGUUCUUUUUUUAUAUAUAUGUAAAGUUCUUGUAUUAAAUAAACUAUUAAUAAAAUUUAA